AUGGAAUCUUCGUCAAACCCAUUCUGGGGCGCACAAACCUCUUAUCUCAACUUCUGCGAAGAGGACUAUGUCAUCACUCGGUUUGUUGCUGAGUUCAUCAAUACAUUCAGUAGCUUGAUAUACAUGAUCUUUGGAAUAUAUGGCUUGGUUCAGCUUCGAAACAAGCAGCAGGCUGGUCUUCGCCGCAUGUCUUACUGCGGUUUGAUUGGAGUUGGCGUCUGCUCCGCUGGCUACCACAUGACUUUGAAAUAUCACACCCAGAUGUCGGAUGAGCUGUCCAUGCAUCUCUUAACGACGCCUUUGUUGUAUAGGAUCCUCACGUUUCAAGCUACCCCGCAACGUACCAGGAUCACAGGAGCUAUUCUCCUCAUCCUGUUUACCAUUGUGAUGUUUGUGCACAUGGCCAUGGAUGAGUUUAUUGUGCAUGCUGUCGCUUUUGGGCUCGCAGUGUGGUUGAUCGCAAGAUACACGAUCAAAAUGAUUCCUCAGCAAAUCCCGGAUCUUUUCCUGCGGAAGAAGAUUCAACGAUUCUCGUUUCUUGGCUGCUUCUGCUUCGUUUUUGGUUACUGCGUGUGGCUCAUCGAUGAGUUUGCUUGCCAUCACCUUACUAAAAUCCGACACACAGUCGGUCUACCUUUGGCAUUUUUAUUUGAAUUUCACGGAUGGUGGCAUUUUUUUACCGCAAUUGGCGGUUAUGUCGCUGUCGCAACCGUGGACCUUAUCACAUCAGGCGAAGUGCACCAAGAUCCCACUGACAGCCUUGCCUGGCCAGCUCCAUUCAUGGCAAGGCUUGUUGAGCCGAAAGCAGAUUUCAUGAAACAGAAGUAA